UAUAUCAGACAAUCCUUAAUGUCAUAAUUUAAUAAUAUUGCUUAUGUUUCAUUUAAAUAUUGCAACGAAUAAUUUGAGCGCAUUUGUGGCAGAAAGGUGUGGCAAGUGUUUGUUGAUAGUUAUAAUUCUUUUGUGAGGUCUUGUAAACAUGACGGAGACGGAAAUGACCAGCCUGGAAGAGAUGUUAAUGGAACAUGACAGAAUCGAGAAUGAAAUUUCUGAAAGAUUUCAAGCUUUGACACGUAGAAGUAGUGUAAUGGAGAUACGGGAUAGAAUGCGGGCACUUAUCACCGAAAAUGCAAAUCGUGUCGAGACGCUUCAAGAAAAUAUUGACGCUUUAGAGGCCGAGAAAGAAACAGCUGAAAGAGAAAACCAAAGGCUUCAGCAAAGGUUGGACGAGGAACUGGAAAUGAGACAUAGAUCAGAGCAGGAUCUGAAAAGAACUAUCCAAGAUCUUGAGAGGAAGGUACAGCCACUUGAGCGGAAAUGUUCAGAUCUUGAACGAGAACUGCAGGAAGCGAGACAGAGAGCCGAGACCGCAAUGGAAGAAAUUCAUGGUUUAAGACAGGAAAUAGAGAAAGAGAAAAUAGAUAGGAGAAUUACCUUGGUGAAACUUGAAAAUGAUGCGACAGCUAAAGAAAGAUCCUUGAGAGAGGCUGAACUGGAAAAUGCUAGGCUGAAAGAAAAAAUAGACAAAUGUGAACGAGAGUGCGAGAAUAAGGGUCGUAACAUAAGCCUUCUUAGAGAAGAGAACGCGAAUCUAAAAGCAGAGAUAACAAAAAUUGAUAUCAAACUGGCUUCUGAAGGACAGAAGUUCAAAGAAAGGAUAUCAGAGAUGGAGAGACAAACUUUGCGCUGGGAACAAGAGAACCGUGAUUUGAAUGAUAAACUUGCACUUGCAAUGCGUAUCAUUCACGACUACAUACGAAAGAGUGUCCUUACCAGAGAAGAAUUCAGUAGAAUUCGUGCAAGGCUGGAUGCAGUUGAUCGUGAGGAAACCAUGAAUAGGGAGCAACUUGAACGCGAUUUAAGACAAUUCAAUACACGAUAUUAAUCCGUUUAGAAAGACUGACAACUGCUAUGGUUACAUACAAUGUUUUAAGCUUUAUAUGCUCAGUGUAUUCUAUAUAGUACAUGUACCAGUUUGUUUUUAUGAUUAGCGCCGGAAGAUUGUGAAAACAAAACAUAUAGCUAUAUUUACUUUUCAUCGUUUUCUUACGCGCUGUCUUAUUUUUCUGUUUCUUUCACUCGUUGUUGCUUAAAUUCGUCAGUCUUUUUAUGGAUAUAAUUUAAGUUUGUGUUUGAUAAAUGCGUUUUCAAAACAAGUGCAGCCAGUUCAGGAAAAUCAUUUGAAAUAUUACUGAAACAGUUGAGUAAGCUGAAUUUCCUUAGUUGUAGAGAACCCCCUAUAAAUUAUAAAAAUGGACUUUAAUGAAAACGUAUGUACAUCAUUUCAAAGACAUAAAAAGAUACUCUUAUCCUUUAACGUUUUUCUGACAUAAACAUUGUGACGUAACGACUGCGCGCAUAAUACAAUCAGGUAAAUGCAUGAGAUACUAAGAUGGUUAUUUAACUUAAAAGAUCAAACAGCCCUUCACUCGUGAACAUUACUAAUAAAAUACUUACUUGGUGGGAAGUUUAGCUCUUACUCUGAGACAAACAUUCCAACAAACAAAUAUUCUUUAUAUCUUGGCAUAUCUUACUGUUUUUUUUUCUUCUUAUUACAUAUCGAGUGGUGAGUGCAAAAGAGAUCUAAGUGCACAUAGAAAGAGAGGCACUUAGACUUUUUUCGCACUCAUACCAUUUUAUAUACCACCAGUAAGAACCUAUGUCUAUUCUUGUGUUUAUUUUCGGCAAGAUAUAAAUUUACAGGUUCUUAUCUUGAAAUAGAUGGCGACAAAAUGUUACAUAUUUUUUAUCACCUUAGCAUUUUGUAUGCAAAAAAUUA